UCCCGGGCGGGGCCAGGGAGGAGAGGCAGGGGGAGAGGCGAAGGCGCGGGGCGUCCGCAGCCGCCGGCACCACCUUGGCGGAGGCAGAGCCGGGAGGAGGAGGAAGAAGAAGAAGAGGAGGAGGAGGAGGCGGCGCAGGAGCAGCGCCGGGGAAGGCAGCUCGCCUCGCCACCCACCCGCUGCCAUCAGUAGCUGCGCAAUCCUCUGGCCUGGCCGGGCACGCCUCAUCCACCCGCGCGCUUUGCAAGGCAGACAGCCGGCCGGUUCCCCGGGCCAGGCCGUCCCUGCAGCGGGCGAGUGAGCCGGAGCGGGCCGCUGCCUUGGCCCGGCCGCUGCGGGGCGUGAUGGUCGGCUGAGCGGCGGCCGGGCAGCCCUCCCUGCCGCCGCCCCGCCGCCCUCGGCUCGCCAUGGCUGCCAAGGAGGACUUGUACGGCCAAGUGGCGCCGUGGAGGAGCCGGCAGAGCCGGGCGGGCACCGUCAAGCGCGGCUCUUCGCUGGAGAUCCUGCUCUCCAUGGGCUUCCCCAAGACGCGAGCGCAGAAAGCAUUGGCUUCGACCGGAGGACGAAGUGUGCAAGCAGCUUGCGACUGGCUCUUUUCCCACGUCUGUGAUCCAUUCCUCGACGAUCCUCUUCCUCGGGAAUAUGUCCUCUACCUGCGUCCCACCGGCCCCUUAGCGCGGAAGCUCACCGAAUUCUGGCAGCAGUCAAAGCAGUUGUGUGGGAAGAACAAAGCCCACAACAUUUUCCCCCAUAUUACGCUCUGCCAAUUCUUCAUGAGUGAAGACAGCAAGGUGGACGCCCUCUGCGAAGCCUUGCAGGCCACAGUGACCCGGUGGAGGUGCAAGUUCCCUGCUCCUUUGCCUCUGGAACUCUAUACCUCAUCCAACUUCAUCGGUCUCUUUGUUAAGGAGGACUGUGCAGAGAUCCUGAAGAAAUUUGCUGCAGACUUCGCAGCUGAAGCCACUGCUAAAGCUGAUGUGCAUGUGGAACCUCACAAGAAGCAACUCCAUGUAACCCUGGCUUACCACUUCCAAGCCAACCACUUGCCCACCCUUGAGAAGUUGGCUCAGAGCAUUGAUGUCAAACUGGGCUGUGACUGGGUAGCUGCCAUCUUCUCCCGUGACAUUAGAUUUGCCAAUCAUGAGACCCUGCAGGUCAUCUACCCCUACACCCCACAGAACGAUGAUGAGCUUGAACUUGUGCCAGGAGACUUUAUCUUUAUGUCUCCUGUGGAACAAAUCACAACUAGUGAAGGCUGGAUCUAUGGUACUUCUUUUGCCACUGGGUGCUCAGGAUUGUUGCCGGAGAAUUAUAUCACCAAAGCCGAUGAAUGUGGCACUUGGGUAUACCAUGGGUCAUAUUCGAUUAUGAACGCCGCUAUUUCCUCGUCUGUCUUGAUGUUCGCUGAUGGGGUGAUGGAUCGGAGAUUCCAGGAGGAUCAAGGACCAGGAGAAACAGGGCCUCUCACCAUUUUCUGUCAGAGUAUGCAGCCCUUAAGGAUCGCCAACACACCUGGACUCCAGAAAAGAUGCCUUUUUGUUUGUCGUCAUGGAGAAAGAAUGGACGUUGUGUUUGGAAAAUAUUGGCUCUCACAAUGUUUUGAUACCAAAGGAAGAUACAUCCGCACAAAUCUGAAUAUGCCUCACAACUUGCCCCAACGGAGCGGUGGUUUUAGGGAGUAUGAAAAGGAUGCUCCCAUCACGGUACUGGGAUGCACGCAAGCCCGCCUUGUGGGCGAGGCUCUUCUUGAAAGCAACACCGUCAUCCACCACAUCUAUUGCUCCCCGUCGCUGCGCUGUGUGCAGACUGCACACCAUAUCCUGAAAGGUUUGCAACAAGAAAAUAACCUGAAGAUUCGAGUCGAGCCAGGCUUGUUUGAAUGGACCAAAUGGGUGUCAGGCAAUUCUCUGCCAGCCUGGAUCCCUCCCAUGGAUUUAGCAGCAGCUAGUUUGAGUGUCGAUACAACAUACAGACCUCAUUUAGCUGUGAACAAAUUAGGAAUUUCUGAAUCCUAUGAAACCUACAUCAGCAGAAGUUUCCAGGUCACCAAGGAGAUCCUAAGUGAAUGCAAAGCUAAAGGGAAUAACAUUUUGAUAGUUGCACACGCGUCCUCCCUGGAGGCCUGUACUUGCCAGCUACAGGGACUGUCAGCGCAGAAUUCAAAGGACUUUGUCCAGAUGGUCCGGAAGAUUCCAUACUUGGGCUUUUGCUGCUGCGAAGAGCUUGGAGACACCGGACUUUGGCAACUGACCGAUCCACCCAUCCUGCCACUCACUCACGGACCAACGGGUGGCUUUAACUGGAGAGAAACUCUGCUGCAAGAAUAAGGCCAAAAAGGGAAGAAGUCAGAAGGACAGGAAAAAGAGGGCUUUCUUAAAAACUGGUGAAUGUCUCUCGCCUCCGCGAGAGUUGUUUUUUUUUUUUUUAAAGAAACAAAAAAUAGAAAAUAUUGAUGGUGGAGAAAAUUACUCCUAGCCCUGGAAAUGGCUUUAAAAAUGACACUUAAGCAUAUCUGCCGCAGAACGGCACUUCUAGGGGAACAAAAUAGCAAAUAUAGCAUCUGCUUGGACUGUGGAAAAAUAUAACGUAUUCCAAUUUAUUUUUAUUCUUUGUUUCUUCAGUCUUCUGUCCAGCAGAUACGUCUCUCUGAUGUAAGCCAUUGAGUUUUAAUGUACUAUAUCUCUAUGUGUAUAUUUAUAUGUGUGUGUGUGUGUGUGUGUGUGUGUGUGUGUGUGUG